UCAAUCUACCAGCACAUCUUGGCCCUAGAAUUUGCCAUCAAAGAAAUCAACAGAAACCCUCAUCUUUUACCCAAUCACACUCUUGGUUUUCAGAUCUAUAACACCUACUUCAUGACAAGUUGGACGUAUCGUGCCUCACUGGAACUUUUCUCUACAAAGGGCCAGUUCAUCUCUAACUACAACUGUGAUACACAGCACCGACCAAUAGCAGUCCUUGGAGGACCUACUGCUGAUGUGUGUCUACACAUGGCUACCAUCCUGUCCCUUUACAAGAUGCCACAGUUAAUGUAUGGUUCCUCCACUGAAAGUAGUACAGAAAAAGAAGCUAUUCUGUAUCAACAAAUGUUCCCGAUUAUGGACCAUCAAUAUAAAGGAAUCUUUCAAUUACUGUUGCAUUUCCAAUGGACGUGGAUUGGCAUAUUGACUGGGGAUAGUGAUAAUGGUGAGAAGUUCAUACAAGAUCUGGUUCCCAUGUUAUCCCAGAAGGGGAUCUGUCUAGACUUCAUUGAAAGAUUUCCCAUUGUUGAUUAUUCGAAUAACAUUGCUGAGGUGGUGGAUGUGGGACUUGUAAUGUACAUGGUGGUUAUGAAAAGCACUGUUAAUGUACUACUGGUCCAUGGUGAAAUUUAUGGAAUUUUAAUUCUGAGGCUUCUUUCCACUAAUUUGAAAGAGGAAGAUGCACCAUUAUGGAGACAGGGUAAAAUCUGGGUUAUGACAGCUGAGAUGGACUUCACUUCGCUUCCCUUUCUGAGGAAUAGUGACCUAGUCUUCCUCCAUGGUGCUCUGUCUUUUGCAAUUCAUUCAGAGAAGGUGUCAGGAUUCCAAGAAUUUGUUCAGAUGAAGAACCCCAUCUUAGAAAAAGAAAAUAGCUUUAUCAAGCUCUUCUGGGAAAGUGCCUUUGAAUGUUCCUUCUCCAUCUCUGUUAUGAAUGAAGAUAAAAAUGAGGUUCCCUGCACUGGGAAGGAAAAACUGGAAACUCUUCCUACAUCUGUGUUUGAAAUGGACAUGACUAGCCAUAGCUACUGCAUCUACAAUGCCAUCCAUGUGGUGGCACAUGCUUUGCAUGACUUCCAUUCAUUGAUGGUGGAAUACAGAGCUAGAGGACAUGAAGCCAAACUGGAACAUCUGGAUCAAAAGCUCUGGAAAGUCCAACCUCUGUCUUUAUGCAAUAAGAAGUGCCAUUCAGGUUAUACUAGGAGCAAGAUAGAAGGGAAGCCAUUUUGUUGCUAUGAUUGUCUGAAAUGUCCACAUGGGAAGAUUUCAAAUCACGUAGAUAUGGACGAUUGCUUUCAGUGUCCAGAAGAUCAAUAUGCAAAUGCUAACCAGGAUUUGUGUCUUCCAAAGAUUGCAACGUUUUUGAUGUAUGAAGAACCUCUGGGGAUCAUUUUGGUCAGUUUUGCUCUUUUCUUUUCUUUGGUCACAGUUGGAGUCCUUUGGAUCUUUAUUAAACAUCAGGACACUCCCAUAGUCAAAGCCAACAACCGGAAUCUCACCUAUGUUCUCCUUAUUGCUCUCUUCUUGUCUUUUCUUUGUUCAUUAUUAUUCCCUGGAAAACCAGGCACGGUGACGUGCCUCCUUCGCCAAACUGCCUUCGGGAUCAUCUUCUCUGUGGCUAUUUCUUGUGUCUUGGCCAAAACCAUCAUUGUUGUUCUGGCUUUCAUGGCCACCAAGCCUGGGUCUAAGAUGACCAAAUGGGUGGGGAGAAGAUUGGCCAUGUCCAUUGUGUUGGGCUGCAGUUUAAUUCAAGGAAUUAUUUGCAUUAUAUGGGUGAUGACUUCUCCCCCAUUCCCAGAUGCUGACACAAAUUCAGGGGCAAAAGAAAUCUUUCUGCAGUGUAAUGAAGGUUCAGUCUUCAUGUUCUACUGUGUUUUGGGUUAUAUGGGCUUCCUUGCCUUUAUCAGUUUCACAGUGGCUUUUCUAGCUAGAAAAUUGCCUGAUGCUUUCAAUGAAGCCAAGUUUAUCACCUUCAGCAUGUUGGUCUUCUGCAGUGUCUGGCUGUCCUUUGUUCCAUCAUAUCUGAGCACCAAAGGAAAAUACAUGGUUGCAGUAGAGGUCUUCUCCAUUAUAGCGUCUAGUGUUGGGUUAUUGAUUUGCAUUUUUUUCUCUAAAUGCUACAUCAUUCUCUUGAAGCCUGCACUAAACAAUAGAGAACAGUUAAGAAGGAAAACAUAAAAUUAUUUGUACUAUUAUUUCUUUUCUUUUUUUAUUAGGAAACGUGUAAAAUACACAAAACUUAGAAGUAC